UGACUUCAGCCUUUUCAGGCUUCAGUGCUUCAGCUGAUAUGAUCCUGGUAUGGACCUUGCAGCUGAAGGCUGAAGUCACCAAUGAAACUCACAAGUGACUCAGACUAUUCAUGAUAAUAAGUAAGUAUUAGUUUGGGAAGGUGAACAUGGUGAAUGUGUCGUGUUCCAGCAAGCUCAUUCACGUAGGGAACGGAUCCUGGCUUCCUAAAUUUGGAGCUACACAUACUUGCAGCGUUUGCCGUCUCUGACCUACGCUAGGCGGUGUCACGGUCCGAGGCAACGACACGUAACUUGUUACGUGGAGCUGGAUAGUCAUUCUCUAGCUGUUGGGAAUACCAACAAUUCAGGAUACUCGCUCUGAAAGGCAGAUAGAUCAACUGAUACACCCUCGCCACAUAGGCAAGCAGAACGGCGGCCUGAACAGUAUCGCGAUUGGAUUCGGGUACACCGCGUAGUACCGGUGACUGAGCAGAAGCAGCAAUUACACGAACUACAGUGCAGUAGCGUGCAUUCGCUGCUGGUGGCCUACUGAGGCUAUUGAAGCGAGCGAAAAUGCCCUUCUACGAAAUGAGAGCGUUACGCGAGCACCUGUGGUAUCUGGACUACCCACGGCAGCUAUCCAUCGAGAGCUUCCGCAACCCGAACUUCCCGCUGGUGGCUGAAAUGCUGCAGUGGUUUACCACAAGGUAUCAAGAUGACCCUGGUCUGCCGGUGUCGACGGAGAACGAGCACGAUCGAACGUUCUUUAUCACAACACAUGUGGAAUUCUUAUUUAAAGAGAGCGGCAUCAAGUUGAACCCGAGACGUCUAUACUCGGCUGAUGGCCAUUGUGUUCAGGAGCUGCUGAAGGUGGCUAGCUCGCUGCGGAAAGCGAUGGAAGCCGCUAAGAACUACAACCCAGAGGAAGAGAGUUCCGCAACCGGCUUCGUACGACCUACACCACAGGAGUUGGCCAAGUUGAUGGAGGACCAAAAGAAGGUCCGAGAAAUGGCGUCGGAGCUGACCGAACGCGGUGCAAGGCUAUAUGACCUGCUAGGCCGUGAGACAGAACUCCGGGAGCAACGCGAAACAGCUCUUUCCAAGGAGCUCGACAUGAGGGAAAUCGAAGCUGGAAUGAAGCGCUGCAUCGAAUCGCUCAUGAACAACAUCCAACACAAGCAGAAGAUGAUUGAUGAGCUGGCGUCGGAUGAAAGCGAUCUCUUGGCAAAGAUCACUCGCAAGAAAGAAGAGCUGAAACGUGCCGGAAAGCGAAUGCGAGCACUGAAGAAUGUCAGGCCAGCAUUCAUGGAUGACUUUGACAAGCUGGAGACCGUUAUGAGAGACCUCUAUGAAGUAUACGUGGGCAAAUUUCGCAAUGUCAAGUUUCUGGAGUCCAAAGUGGCGGAGAUCAACAAAGAAGAGCAGGAGAAGUACUUGGAACGUGCAAGGGAACUCCAAGCUAUUCAGGAGCAGGCGCACAGUCAACAGCAAGAGAGCUUACUGGCAGGUGUUGCUGGUGCUGAUGGUGUCAUUGUCGCUGGUCUGGGAGAUGAUGAUGAUGAGGGAGACGAUGAUGACGACGACGACGAAGACGACGAUGAAGAAGAAACUUCAGAAGAAAUCGAUGGACUCGGUGAUGAUAUCAAAGACGAGGCAAAGACCCUCUCCCCAACAACAGCAAGCCGUCCAAAACGUCCUCCAACAGGAUGACGGCGAGUUCCGUCCCCGCAUAGGUGACGUCGGCCAGGAAGAAUCAUUAGACAUCGAGGACUAUGGCGGUAGUGAACGAGAGCUGGGUGACAGCGAUGAAGACUUCUAGGCUAUGGCAGCAACGCGAGCUGGGUGACAGCGAUGAAGACUUCUAGGCUAUGGCAGCAACGCGAGCCAGUUGCCAUCUUUUCUGAUACAUGUACUGACUUCAGCCGACCUAUUUCUCCACAACACCAUGUACAGUGCGUAGUUUUCUAUUCUAUUAAUUUUUCGUUUUUGUUUGAUUGGAGAGAACUCCUGUCCCACUGUAGAUGUAUUAGUGCCUUUGGCAGCAUCCAAGACAUGCAACCUAUCUGAUGACCUUGAGUGUUGAAGGCCGCUAUGACACAGUAAAAAGUCUGUUACCUGCCCUUAUCGUGACGUUAUCUUAUUCUAUUCCAUGCACAUGCUGCAUGCUCUA